AUGGCCCAGCAGAACAUGACCCCGGAAGAGCAGCUCCUGCAGCUGCGCGAUGCGAGGAAGCUUGUGCUGUCUGAUGUCAAAUACUACCCCAACAUCGUGCAAGUCGUCCUGCCCAUCCUCGCUCCCACGUCGGGUCCUACCGUACGGAGAUGGGUCGCCGACUUCAUCGCCGAAGCCUUUGCCUCGCCUGCACUUCCUUCUAAGGACAAGGAAACGUUGUGCCUGUUGGUUUUGGAGCAUCUUAAGCAGACGCUGGAGCGGCCGAAGGAGGACCCUUAUGUUCUGCAGAGCGCCAUCAUGGCAGCUGCUAGUAUAUACCCGCUUGCGAUGCGAUGGAUGCCCUCAACAGCGAGUCGCAUCAUGAAUGCCAUCUUGAACUUCAACCCUCUCAAACUCGCCAAUUCUCCGAUGACCCCCAAGACCCGAGUCCUCGUCAAGUCUAUGGAAAAGACCACACGAAUGCUCCUAAUACAUCUCUCAAAGCGUGACCCUCAUAACCCAUUUGCGCCUCGUAUCCAACAGUAUGUCGAGCGGCUACUACGCUCCCGAAGUGAAAUCUUCGACGAUGCCAGCAGAAAACGAGCCUUCGCCGAACAGCAAGCAGCCUACAUUGAGGCUAAGCGGCAGCGGCUGAGUGCGGACACCGCUCCUGCACCCCACGUACAAGUCCAGCCUCUUGCCCCAGGCCCGAACAGCCUCGCGGCGAUCUUUACGCUUACUGGCAACACUGGACUGCAAGGCUUUGAUGCUGCUCAGAUGCCCGCGCCAAUGGCGGCUCGGAUAGCUGUAUCUACUUUAUCUCGAUUAGAUCCCCAAAUCCUCACCUUAGCUGUGACCGGUAUUCGUGACCGACUAGCAUCUCUAGCUGCUACACAAGCGCAGGCUAUAAAUCCGGAUACUGCACCGUUAGGUGUUGAGGAGGACGAUGACGAUUAUGAGCCGGACUACUACGCCGCCGAGGAUACAGAACAGAUCCUUAAUAAACUCGAUGGAGAGGCUCAAGAAGAACAGGCACCAAAGCUCGAGGCCGCAUCACUUGCCUUAGGAGCAUUCAAGCUACCGCCUGCGCCAUCACUUAAUCCGGAUAUCGCAGCGCAAGCUGGUCAGGGUACAGUCACUCGCGUGUUUGGUGCCAUGCAGCAACUGGAAGACCCUAUAGUAAAGAAGCCGAAGGCGGGUAUUAACCGACUGGCAGCCAGCUCGUACGAUCGAGACUCAUGGCUCACUGUCAUCACCCGUCUUGCGACACGCGCGUCCGCCGGACUGGAAAACGUUUCCGUGAAGGACGAGAACGGCUCUGCGCUUGCUGACAGGAAUCGACCGAGCCUCAGCAACGCAAUCCGCGAAAUGCUCUACAAUUACGUCCUAGAAGAUUUCCGAAAACGGAUAGAGGUUGCUGUUGCCUGGCUUUGUGAAGAGUGGUAUAAUGAUGCCCUACAGAAGCGAUAUAGCACUGAUGCUCCUUUGCAUUAUGACAAGUGGGCAUUAAAGCUGGUUGAUGGUUUUUUUCCUUACCUCAACCCCCAAGAUAAGGUUCUCACCCGAUUCCUUGGCGAGAUCCCAGAAGUGAACGCGUCGAUCCUUGCUCGGGUUACGAAGCUGUGCAGGGAUCCGUCGAUGGUUCAACUGGCGAUCACGAGUCUUCUGUACUUGGUCAUGAUGAAGCCGCCGGCACGACUCUUGGCACUCAACACGGUGCAGGAUAUCUGGUUUGAGUAUGAGGAUGCUCGUCCCAUGGCUGGAAAAGUCCUGGUCAAAUGGCGCCCUGGCUUUAUAGAGUCGCAUAGUGGCUCAAACGAGGGCAGUAUACCAUCAGGAUCUAGUGGUGUGGCUGUUGCGACAUGA